UCUCGCACCUUGUCAAGUAGUGUAGUGCUGAUAUUGGGGUAGAAUUUCGGUUCACAAGAGAAAUGUGGUUUCGCAGGAUAGUUAUAUCGUUUUGCCUUCUAACGGUUGUGUGCGGGAAGGAAGCUUGGCAAAAGCCAGGUUGUCAUAAAGUGGGAAAUACCCGUCGUAUUAGCAUCCCGGAUUGUGUAGAGUUUUCUAUAACUACGAAUGCCUGUCGAGGAUAUUGUGAAUCUUACGCGGUACCGUCGAUACCUUGGGGUUUCAUUGCCACUAUAAAGAAUCCAAAGCCCGUCGUUUCAAUCGGGCAGUGCUGUAACAUUAUGGAAUCGGAAGAUGUGCAAGUACGAGUGUCAUGUGUCGACGGAACUAGAGUGCUAACGUUCAAGUCUGCUAUAAAGUGUAGCUGCUACCACUGCAAAAAGGACUAAGGAUCGCAUUCAUACUUUGAAAUUUAAAUAAUUCUGUCGACGAACUUAACAUUUUUUUAAACAAUUGUAGAUAAAACUAUUUUUGGCACACCCGUAUAUGAAUAUUGUAUCUAAGAAUGAAAGAAACUUGUUUUAGUAUUUAUAAUAUGAAACGGGAAUAAAUG